AUGGAUCGUCGGAAAUUCAUCAAAGACUUGGGGAUAGCGAGCGCGAGUACAUUGCUCAUUUCAAGUUCAAGCGCGUGCGCGCAGAAUACAGGGGUAGAAAAGCAGUUGGAGCCCUUCCGUGCGCAAAAACUUGCUGCCGAAAAUAAUGCAAGUUUCACUGUAAAUAGGCAGAUGACUGAUGAAGUUAUUGCUGCUACUUACAACAACUACUAUGAGUUUACCAAUAGGAAAAGCACUGUUUGGAAAAAGACGGAUAAAUUCAGAACACGCCCGUGGGAAGUUGAAAUAUCAGGAUUAGUCGAAAAUCCGAUGACGUUGGAUGUGGACGACUUAAUCAAACAGAUGCCGAUUGAAGAGCGAAUCUACCGACUUCGGUGCGUUGAAGCAUGGGCGAUGGUCGUACCUUGGAUCGGCUUUCCAAUGAAAGCGUUGCUUGAAAAAGUUCAACCUAAGGCUGAAGCCCAGUACGUUCGGAUGCUCACAUUUUUGGACGCUGACAUGGCACCCGAGCAACAAAACGUACGCAUGCCGUGGCCCUAUUUUGAAGGACUAACGCUUGCCGAGGCAAUGAACGACUUGACGCUACUCGCUGUCGGCAUCUAUGGGCAUAUCUUGCCACCGCAGCACGGGGCACCUAUUCGGCUCAUCGUCCCUUGGAAAUAUGGAUUUAAAAGUAUUAAGUCCGUUGUCAGUAUUGAGUUGACUGACCAGAAACCACGCACCUUUUGGAAUACGCUCGCGCCGAGGGAGUAUGGCUUUGAGGCAAACGUCAACCCUAAUGUGCCACACCCACGUUGGUCGCAAGCCAGUGAACGGAUGAUUGGAACUGGAAAAAGGCACCCAACGAUGAUUUACAACGGCUAUGGCAGUUCUGUCGCACACCUCUAUUAA